CCUUCGCGCACACACUCACUCCGCGUAGUUGCGCUGCAUUUUAUUGAAGUUCGUGUGAAGAAACAGACAUAAGAUACAAACAAACAACAAACCUACAGAUACAUUUUGAGUGUGAGCAAAAACGGUGUGUGUUGUGCGUGUGUGUGUUUUUCCCUAAAAUGCUGCAAAUUCUUUAAGUGCAAAUUGUGUUGACAAGUGCAGAAGAAGAAAAACCAAAUAAAUCUGAACUAUCCCUAUCCAAAGAGGAUAAAUAGUAAUAUAUAUAUCUCAAAGUUGAGAGAAUUUAAGAAUAUUAACAAACAAAAUGUUGGUCGGUUCACAUCCUUAUUUGUGCAAUGGGGUAUUACCACCUGUGCCCGGUGUGGCAGCACCCAAUAACACAUCCACAGCGACCACAACACAAACGGGCAGCAAAAGUGCCGCCGGCUCGGCAACGGAUUUCUCCAUAGCAGCCAUAAUGGCACGCGAGGAUGCCUCCAGUCGGGAGUCCUCAGUGCGUAGUGCAAGUCCAAUUUCGGUUGAGGAUGAAGUUGAUGUUGAUGUUGUUGACUGCAGUGAUGUUGAGGAGCCACCAGUUAAAGCUCGUCGUCUAAAUAACAACAACAAUAACAACAGUAACAACAACAACAAUGUGGCAAAUCACAUCAAUUCAAAUCACAAAAGCCGCCACAAUUCAGUUGGCGGCGCCGGCGCUGUUGCCGCUGCCGCUGCUGCUGCUGUCGCCGCUGCUGCUGCUUCCGCCUCGGCUGAAUCCCAAUUAAACACAAGCUCCACAAGCAGCCAAGGACGCUGCUCAACGCCACCGCAAUCACCCGGCACAGAGGAUAGUGAGGAACGUCUGACACCCGAACCCGUACAAAAGGCACCAAAAAUUGUUGGUUCCUGUAAUUGUGAUGAUCUCAAGCCAGUGCAAUGCCAUUUGGAAACGAAAGAGCUGUGGGAUCGCUUUCACGAAUUGGGCACAGAGAUGAUCAUUACCAAAACUGGCAGAAGAAUGUUCCCCACGGUGCGAGUCAGUUUCUCGGGUCCAUUGCGUCAGAUACAGCCUGCCGAUCGUUAUGCCGUCCUGUUGGACAUAAUACCCAUGGACUCGAAACGCUAUCGGUAUGCAUAUCAUCGAUCGGCCUGGCUGGUGGCUGGCAAGGCAGAUCCAGCGCCUCCAGCACGACUCUACGCCCAUCCGGACAGUCCCUUUAGCUGUGAGGCGUUGCGCAAACAAGUUAUCUCCUUUGAGAAGGUGAAACUGACUAAUAACGAAAUGGAUAAGAACGGACAGAUUGUCUUGAACUCUAUGCAUCGGUAUCAGCCACGCAUUCAUUUGGUACGUUUGAGCCAUGGCCAGAGUAUACCCAGUAAUCCCAAAGAACUGCAUGACCUGGAUCACAAGACCUAUGUCUUCCCCGAGACUGUGUUCACGGCGGUGACCGCCUAUCAGAAUCAGCUGAUAACCAAAUUGAAAAUCGAUUCGAAUCCAUUUGCCAAAGGUUUUCGCGACUCUUCGCGUCUGACAGACUUCGAUCGUGAUCCCAUGGAGGCUCUGCUAUUGGAACAGCAGCUCCGUUCGCCCCUGCGUCUCUUCCCCGAUCCGCUGAUGCAGCAAUUUGCCGCCCAGCAAGGUGACCCCGCCUCCAUGGCUCUGUUCGAGAAGGCGCGACAACAUUUGCAAAUGUUUGGCGGCAAUUCGCCAUACGCCCAACUGAUGAUGCCCCAGAUGUAUCAGGCGGCGGCCGCAGCUGCCGGCCCUCCUCCCCCACCGCCGGGUCUGGGAGCUUUUCAUAUGUUCCAGCAGCAAUGGCCGCAAUUGACAGCCGGAUUCUUGGCCAGCGCCAAUCAACAGGCGGCCGCUGCUCAGGCAGCUGCCCAGGCGCAGGCGCAGGCUCAAGCUGCCGCCGCUGCCAUCGCCGCCAAUCGUACCCCACCGCCGCCACCCCCAGCGUCCACACCCUCGUCCACGUCCUCUGGAUCGCCGUCGCCCGAUAUGCGACCGCGUCAAUACCAGAGAUUCAGUCCAUACCAGCUGCCAGCCGGUGGUCCUCCGCCUCCGGCGGCUGUCUCACCGCCAGUCAUGGGUUCGCAGCGCAGCCCCGCCCACUAGAAAAAGGUGCGAAAGGGCUGAAAAGUUCUUGCCAAGAACAGUAUUACACAAAAACACACAAAAACAAAAAAAAAGAAAGAAAGGAAAACUUACUAAAAAAGGAAAAACUAAAAGCUGUUUAAAUGUUGUAAAUUAUUGUAUUUGUUGUUUUUAUCUUUUCGAGAGAACGAGAAACCAGGAAAGAGAAGAAAAUUGUUGUAUAAAUUCUCACCCCCUCUUCCCACUCUUCCCCCACCUUACCCCCCCACCCAAUCACUUGUCGUUUUGUACAGUUCAGUUUUGUUUUUCUUCCAUUUCCAUUUGCGCCUCUAGAGAAUUUUUU